GUUCCCGCCCUUUCCCUGACCCCGCCCCCACAGUUCGGGGCUGGGAACGGGGGAGGAGGAGGAGGGAGGGAGGAAGAGGCGGAGCGGCAGCAGGGAGCAGGAGGAGAAGGGCAGAGGAGGCAGAGGCAGCUCUGGCGCUCCCUGAACUCGCAGCAGGUCCAGAAACAUCGCCUGGAUCCCGCAGGAUUUCCCAUUCCCAAUCAUUGGCUCAUGAAAGAGGAAGCUGUGAGGAAGAGGAAGAUACCCCAGAACUCCCAGGCAGACAAGGAGCUGAGCAUGGAGAGCAGGGAGGACAAAUCCCCGCAGCAGAACCUCGUGGGAGAGGCUGUUUGGAGCAGCUCCACGGCACAGGAAUCCAAUGAGGAGGAAAAUCCCCUGAGAACCCCCACGAGGAGGGGCUGCAAACGCAGAUCGGGGGGAUGUGAGGAGGAAAGACCCACCCUGUGCCGGGAAGGUGGCCGGAGAUGGAGCCAGAGCUCAGAGCUGGUGGUCCAUGAGCAGCUUCCUGAUGGGGAGAAGCCCCACAAGUGCUCUGAGUGUGGAAAGAGCUUUAGACACAAGUCCUUCCUGAUCCGUCACCAGAGGAUCCAUACUGGGGAACGACCCCACGAGUGUGAGGAAUGUGGGAAGAGGUUUCAGUGGAGCUACACCCUGAUCCGUCACCAGAUGGUCCACACUGGGGAGAGGCCCUACGAGUGUGGGGAAUGCGGGAAGAGGUUUCAGCUCAGCUCCAGUCUCCUCCUGCACCAGCGAACGCACACAGAGGAGAGGCCCUUCCGCUGCCCUGACUGCGGGAAGGGCUUCAGGCAAAACACUCAUCUUGACAGGCACCGGCGCAUCCACACCGGGGAGAGACCCCACGAGUGUGAGGAAUGUGGGAUGAGCUUCAGCCGGAGCUCCCACCUGAUCCGGCACCAGAGGACCCACACUGGGGAACGGCCCUACGAGUGUGGGGAAUGUGGGAAGAGCUUCAGUCAGAGCUCCAACCUGAUCUGCCACCAGAACAUCCACACUGGGGAAAGGCUUUACAAGUGUGGGGAAUGUGGGAAGAGCUUCAACCAGCAUGCCAACCUGAUCAGCCACCAAAAGAUCCACACUGGGGAGAGGCCAUACAAGUGUUCUGAGUGUGGGAAGAAGUUUCGGAUCAGCACCCAGCUCCUUGUACAUCAGCAAAUUCACUCAGAGGAGAGGCCCUUCCACUGCCCCGACUGUGGGAAGGGCUUCAAGCAGAACUCCGCCCUCAUCACCCACCGGCGCGUUCACGCCCGGGAGAGGCCCUACGAGUGUCCCCAGGGUGGGAAGAACUUCUCACACAGCUCAUCCUUGACCAGACACCAACGGAGGCACCAGUAAGGGAAGCCCUGUGAGUGCCCCCAGCGCAGGAAGAGCUUCGUGCACUGCUCCAACUCCAUCCCCCACUGGAGUACCCAUGUUGAGCAGAGCCCUGGUGACCCACAUUCCCUGUGAUCCAUGUUGGGAAGGCACUAUUCUGGUUAUCCUUUUGUUUUGACCUUAAUUUUCUUUUGAUUCAUCUUCAUCCCUUAAAAAGAGCCAAAACAGGGUUGAAAAGAAAGAAAUGGACCAAAUAUGUCUGAAGUCCCACCAUUUCACAGGUAAUUGAGGGGGAGUUUAGGACUGGAGCCAUAUUCUGGAGGAUUUGUGUGUUCUUGGGGGAUUUUUGCUGGAUACUCCAUCUCUUUGCACUCUUAAAGCCAAAAGGGAUCAUCUGUCACCUCAAAACCAUGUAAAUCCCACUGGGACCAACUCAUUUUUAACCUAGAAAGGCUGAAUCCUACUGUAACAUGAGGGGUUUGUGGCUAGGGAGACACAAAUCAUGACUCGGGACCUCUGGAUCAUGAGACAAACAGCAUGUUUUAUUGUUUGGAUCUCUCUGAUAUACUAAGUUCUAAACUCCCAGUUCUAGCUCCUAGCCCUGCCCAGCUCCUUGACCAGUGAUAUGUUUGCUCUCUGAACUGGCUAUGACUGGUUCAGGUGUUUGCAAGAGCUCUCCCAUUCACCUAGAGACUUCUAGAACAAGGCAGGUCAGCUGAGUUGGGUCUGUUAUGGCCAGAUUUAUCUUCUCUGGCUGACAGAUUAGCUAUGACAAAUCACCCUUUUGGUUCUAAUUUUAAAAAGGAAAUGUUCUUUGUUAUCCUUCUUGCAGGCACCUUGCAGGUAGGAUGACAAAGACAGUAUGAAUUUAAUUUGAAUGAGGCUUUGUACUCAAUUUGAUAAACUUAAGUUUCCCUAGCCAGUGAUGUGUCUCGUGUGUUAUUGGAGCUGCAGCAUUCACGUCUAGGAGGUGUUAGGCGAAAUCCACUAAUACCACAAUUUGCCAGGCUAGCAUGUCACAGGUUAAUUGCUUAGAAGUUACAGGUUCCAACUUGACACUAGAAAACAGUAAACAAUUAAACUAAAAACCAUUUCAAUCAAAACACACAUCUUUCUGUCUGUGAUGUCUUCCAAAUGUUUGAAUCUUGGAGUAAAGCAAGGUGGUGGGUAAAUUGUCUUACUGUUGACAAUCUUUUACUUAGAAAAACAUAAGAACAUGAGAGCACCUAAAGCUCUUGAGGGGGUGUACACCCACCCCACACUUUUUACCUUUCUUUAACAAUUAUAACAGGAAUUAAACAUGUAUUUUUGAACAUGACUAAGGUGAAACUUCAAACUGCCUAUAUGUUUUACCAUCACUCAGGCUCUGCUACAGCUGAAGGGCCUCUUUAUCACAGUGAGGACUUGAAGAGCCUCUUCUGGAUGAGGCUUUUCAUGUUUAUCUGAGGAAAAAAGAUUUAACUUCUCUAAAGCCAAAUCAGUUAGUCAAAGUGACUUGCUUUCACUUUUAGAAAUUUGCUAUUGACUUGAACAGGAGUUGGCAUGAGUGAAAUAUGAAAGGUGGUUGUUAGUAAUUUUUAGCAUGAAAAUGCUUUGUUGAAAUGCUGUAACUGAAAUGGUGGGAUUUUUGGAAGAGAAAAAUAAGUAUCUUGGUGCUUCCCUUUUUCUUUGGAGGGUAAAAACAGCAUGUAAAUGAUUAUGAAUUUUAUACAGAAGAAAUUAUCAAAUAAAACCAAAAUUUUAAAUAUCA